UGGAGCCGUUUCGGUUUCGGUGAAUGUGAUGUGAAGUAAGGCGACCAUUCUGGUGCCGCAGGGCUCGUGAAAGCCUACCGUUUUGAAAUGGCAGGCUGUCUGCACGCAACCAGAAGCUCAGUAACACACAGAGGACGGACGUUGGGUACAGAGAGUGAGCGAGUUUUGCUCCACAAGCACACAAACAAAAAACUGAGUAUGGAUCGUACCGUUCUGUUGGUACUACUUUUCCUUCAGGUAUCGCUGACCUUCGCCAGCCCGGACUAUGGAAUACCGAAUGCCGUCUACGGCACGGCCCGGCUACUGACCAGCGUGUCCGACGCAGCCAGCUAUCUAGACACGCUGGCGGCACCAAAGCUCGUACCGGCGAACAUCACGCAAACCACCUUCAAUCUGUCGAACAUGGUGCAGCUCCUCCAGCAGACGGGCAGUGCCAUAGCGCAAGACGGCAGCAGUGUGGCGAGCGCGAUCACCAACCUCACCCAAAGCACAUCGGGCGAUCCGGCAGCACUGUUCGACGCUGCCAACCGGACCAUCCAGAGCGCGCUGGAUCACAUCACGCAGCUGCUUCCCUCGGUUAACUCCAACCUGACCGCUCUGAUCGGUGCCAGCGUACCGGACCAGCUAACCGAUGGCUUCGGGCGGAUAGAGCUACGACUGAUCACGCUGCGCACCCAGCUGAGUACGCUUAAGUCUGCGAUUCUUGCAGCGAUCGCAGCAGCCGGCAAUACCACGCCCAUCCCGACGGACAUACUGGCGAAGUACAUAACACUGAGGAAGGUGUACGACGUGGUGUAG